CAGAUGCAGGAGGCGUUACCUCUUUUUCAAACAAGUUUUUAUCUUUAAGCUUUAUUUACAAACUUAACACAGACAAAUGGAAAAAAUGUGUUAAAGGUACUAUUACAGAGGGCAGUCACAACAAGACUGGACUUUAUACCCGGCCAGGCUGUUCUUCUCGUUGGGAAAUGGCGCAGCAGGAGGCAGACACCAGUGCUGUCAGGGAGAAGCACAGGUUUGAUGAGCGCAGGUUAGAUGAGUACCUGGCCGUACACCUGCCGGGCUUUGGUUCCUAUCCCUCCGCAGCGCUGACAGUCCGGCAAUACAGAUCAGGACAGUCCAACCCUACAUUUUUUCUACAGAAGGGUCCAAAGAAAUUUGUUCUCAGGAAGAAGCCUCAUGGCCCACUGCUACCUGGAGCACAUCGGAUUGAGCGAGAAUAUGAAGUACAGAAGGCAUUAUUCACUGCCGGAUUCCCCGUACCAAAGCCCUUGCUAUACUGCACAGAUGUGACUGUCAUUGGGACGGAAUUCUAUGUGAUGAUGCACGUGCAGGGUCGUGUAUUCCGUGAUGUUACCCUGCCAGAAGUCAGCCCUGCCGAGAGAUCAGCUUUGUAUGUUGCUCUCACUGAAACACUGGCCCAGCUCCAUUCAUUUAACAUACACACAUUAAAUCUUGCAGGAUACGGCAAGGGAAAGGGAUACUGCCAGAGACAGGUAACUACCUGGAAGAAGCAGUAUGAAAGGGCUGCACAUCAAGAUAUUCCAGCAAUGACCCAGCUGGCUGACUGGCUUAUGGGGAACUUGCCAAGCAAUGAUACUGAAGAGUCUCUGGUCCAUGGAGAUUUCAGGAUUGAUAACAUCAUUUUCCACCAAACUGAGGCCCGUGUGGUUGCCGUUCUGGACUGGGAGCUGUCCACAAUUGGACAUUCUAUGUCAGACUUGGCUUACUUCACAUCACUCUAUUUUUGGCCACGAGAAGUCCGGCUAUUUGGGCAUACUAGUGCCAAAUCCUUUGCCGAUAUUGAAGGGAUGCCUGCGUUUGAGGAUCUGAUGAGCAUUUAUAGCCGUUGUCGUGGUGUAUCUGCUUCAGUGCAAGACUGGAACUUUUUUCUUGCUCUUACAUUCUUUAAGCUGGCUGGGAUACUACAGGGCAUCCACGCAAGAUUCCUUCUGGGAAAUUCCAGUGGGGAGAAUGCCAGUAUAUUUGCUGAUGUGGUUAAACCCCUGGCUGAAAGUGGACUCAGACUAGCUAAACGGGACAACACAAUCGGAGAAUUACCGGUCUCUUCUAGUGAACUCUUCUUUCUAAGUGUCAAAGGGCAAAGUGUUCUGCACCGAGUAAAGCAGUUUAUGCAACAACAUGUGUAUCCAGCACAAGAGGAGUUUUUGGAAUAUUAUAUUAAAUAUGAAAACUCGCCACUGAGAUGGAAGAAGCCAUUGGUUCUAGAAAAGCUCAAGGAAUUGGCUAAAGCAGAAGGAUUGUGGAACCUGUUCCUUCCCGCGAUCAGUGGUCUAAGCCAGACUGACUAUGCUUUCAUUGCUGAAGAAACAGGAAAAUGUUUCUUUGCCCCAGAAGUUUUUAAUUGUCAAGCUCCAGACACAGGCAACAUGGAGGUGCUUCAUAUGUAUGGUACAGAGGACCAGAAGAAGCAGUGGCUUGAGCCUCUACUUGCAGGGCAAAUCCAGUCUUGUUUCUGCAUGACAGAGCCCGAUGUAGCGUCCAGUGAUGCCACCAACAUGGAGUGCAUUAUCCAAAGAGAUGGUGAUAGCUACAUAAUUAAUGGAAAGAAGUGGUGGAGCAGUGGUGCUGGAAAUCCCAACUGCAAAGUGGCGAUUGUAAUGGGUAAAACAGAAAAUGCAUCCUCUUCCAGAUACAAGCAACAUAGUAUGAUCCUUGUGCCCAUGGAUACAAAAGGUGUAGACCUUGUAAGAGCACUGAAGGUGUUUGGAUAUGAAGAUACUCAUCAUGGAGGACAUUUUGAAGUGCACUUUAACAGCGUGAGAGUUCCCGUCUCCAACCUUAUUUUGGGUGAGGGUCGCGGAUUUGAGAUUGCCCAAGGUCGUCUUGGUCCUGGUCGUAUACAUCACUGUAUGAGGACCAUUGGAGCAGCAGAGGGUGCUCUGCAACUAAUGUGCUCAAGAGCUGCCCAGAGGAAGACUUUUGGAAAAAAGCUUUAUCACCAUGAAGUGGUGGCUCACUGGAUAGCAGAAAGCCGCAUUGCUAUUGAUCAGGCAAGAUUGCUCACGCUGAAAGCUGCAAAAGCCGUAGACACAGUUGGUAGUGCACAGGCUCGCAAAGAGAUUGCAAUGAUUAAAGUUGUGGCUCCUAGAAUGGCAUGUCAGGUGGCAGACCGUGCAAUCCAAGUGUUUGGAGGAGCUGGAGUAUCCCAGGAUUUUCCGCUGGCUUUCGUGUAUACAGCUGUUCGAACACUUCGUAUAGCCGAUGGUCCUGAUGAAGUUCAUCUUUCAGCCAUUGCAAAAAUGGAGCUUAUGGAGCAAGCAAAGUUGUUGUCAAAAAUAUAACAGUCAUAAGUUGGCUUUAUCUCUCAAAUUCAUGAACCCUCAUUGUGUUCUUCUACGCAGUUGUGUUCCUUGCAUAAUGAGCUUUGCUUUCUCAAGAUUGAUUUACUUGUAUGCUUACUUGCUACUAGUAACAAUUAUUACGAAUUUUCAUAUUGUUCUUGAAAAUAAAAUAAACUCUUUAAGGUAAAAAGAAAUCAAAUUAACCCUAAAUACACUACAAAA